AUGUUUGCUUCCACUCAGAUCUGUGCUGCUCCUGUUCGAGUUCCCAUCGAACAUGCAUUUUCUCCUUAUACUGACAAUGGAGGUACGACCCUGGCUAUUGCUGGUGAUGACUUUUGUGUGAUUGCUGGUGAUACUCGUCAGAGUGAAGGCUACAGCAUCAACACUCGUUAUGCUCCAAAGGUUCAUGAGAUGCGCAAUGGCACUGUCUUGGCUACUGGUGGAAUGUUUGCUGAUUCUCAAACUCUAAUGAAGCGUAUUCAACAACGUCUCGAGUGGUAUCAAUUUCAGCACGAUAAGAACAUGAGUGCUCCUGCCAUGGCUCAGAUGCUUUCCACUAUUCUCUACUAUAAACGCUUCUUUCCCUAUUUCUCAUGGUGCUCAGUGGGCGGUCUAGAUGAACAUGGAAAGGGUUGUGUAUAUACUUACGAUCCCGUCGGAAACUAUGAGCGAGUUUCAUGGGACUGCGGUGGUUCCGCUGGAAAACUCAUUCAACCUUUCCUUGACAACCAGAUUGGAAAACAUCACAUGUCUGGCGCUUCAAAGUCACUUCCAUCACUCGAAACAGUCAAGCGUAUCGUCAAAGACGCUUUUACUUCCGCAACUGAGCGUGAUAUCUACACUGGUGACUUUCUGGAAAUCUUUGUCAUCACUAAAGACGGUAUUACAAAGGAAAUGCUGCCAUUGAAAUUGGAUUAAUAGUCGGGAAAAAUGGUUUCGUGAUGUCAAAAUGAACUGGAUAGUUAUUACUUUGAACUUGCUAUU